AUGAUUGUAAUCGAGGAACACACAGCAAUCGCGUUAAGCACCACCACCCCCACCAAGACAGUUCUACCCUCUCUACCCUUACUUCUUCCUCUCCCUAUCUUGUUUCUUCCUAUUUCUUCUGCUCUUUCUUUUUUCCGCUUUUCCUUCUUUCUUUGCCUUUAUGUGGCCUUUUCAAAUUCAUAUCCAUCUGUCUGUCUACCUAAAUCUGUUCCUAUCUAUCUAUCUAUCUAUCUAUCUAUCUAUCUAUCUAUCUAUCCCAGUAUGUUCACAUUCAUCUAUCUCAGUGAUCCAUAUGUUUCGCCUUGUGCCACAUGUAAAUUACGCUUACUAAAUCGCUAUCUAUCUAUCUAUCUAUCUAUCUAUCUAUCUAUCUAUCUAUCUAUCUAUCUAUCUAUCUACCUAUCCGUGGAAAGCGAAUCAGUCAAUAAAAACAAUAUCUAUCUAUCUAUCUAUCUAUCUAUCUAUCUAUCUAUCUAUCUAUGUCUAUUCAUACCUAUCUAA